AACAAGAUACCCAAUGGCAAGAGCGUAUCUUAAAUUAUCAGAGCAUUGGAAAUACGCUAUUAUUCCAUCACAACACAGCGCCUGCUGCUAUGGAUCGCUCACUUCUUUCCAUGAUGCGUCCACAUCUACCACGAUCUCUGCUGAUACGACCUCCCGUUCCCCGUACGUCGAUCCAGAGGUAUUCAAGGAUUUCCUCGCAAAACCAGAACCGGUCGACCAUUACCAAUAUCGCAGCCCGGCUUGACAGUCACGACACGGGGAUCAUCAGAACUGAAACAAGAAUCGCCAGCAUCGAAACCAAACUUGUCAAGCUUAACGACAAGGUUAGAAUGCUUAACAACAAGGUUGGAUUGCUUAACGACAAACUUUCUGACAUCUAUAAGAUAGUCGCCCAAUUCAAGAACGAAAUGUCUCCAUGGAACCUCUUCUAGUUCAAAAGGCUGGGGUGGAUGAAUUUGCAAUACGCAGCAU